AGGAAGUUGGAGCCAGCCUCAUGGCACAGGUGCUGGUUGAGAAGUUUGAGGCGCCCAAUCUCCUCUAGCCUUCCUCUAGCAAACGCUGACGAGACAGACAGACAGACAGACAGACAGAGAGACGGGUGCAGGAGUCUUUGGCCGACGUAACGCACACCGCACAAACCGCCAUUCUGCAAGGAGCCAAGGGAGGAGAGGCCAUGGCGGGCAACCUCUCUGAGCUGGAGGAGGCCCUCCUGACGCUGGUGAGGAACUACGACAAAUACGCCGAGAAGUCCUUUUUCCUCAGAUACUUUUUCGGGAAACAGGGCAAGAUCAGCAAGGAGAAUUUUGGGAAGAUGCUCAACGAGGAGCUCAGCCACGUGCUGUCGAACACCGACAGCAAGACUGCUGCCCAAGAAAUGUUUGCUGACAUGGAUUUAGACGAGGACGGGAAGAUGAGCUUUGAUGAAUAUUGGAGGCUGAUCGGUGGCAUCAUCAACCAACUUUUGCACGUGAAGCAACAGGUUCAGGAGCGUGACGGAUGAUGGAGAAUGGGAGCCUGCAGGAUAGAACAUGUCAGCUGCUGCCCACCCCACCCCACCCCAAGCCCCACCCUGCCCCAUUCCUGCCUUAACUUUGCCAUCGUUCCAGCUCCCCCUACUGGCCGGGCUGCACAGGACAUUUCCCAAUGCCAGAUCUUCUGGAAGCCAAACUCUACGGAAGAUCGGGAACAUGGACCUGUCCAUGGAAACUGCCUGUCCGCCUGUUCAAUGCCUCUUGACGGCUGCACUCGGGACGCCGUGUCUAGGAGGGUGGUGGGCAGUUGGAGGGAGGGGCUGGCCACACCUCAGGGAGUUGCAGCUAGACUGUCAGACUGUGACAAUAAAGACUGGAUUCUGAGUGUCA